GGGAGUGGCCAACAACUGGGUCACAUGGAAACACACUAUUCUGGACAUUUAGUACAGAACAGUAAACGAGCAAGGGAGUUCCUCUCUCGUUCCUCAAAUUUUAAUUAACAUUUUCGAACUAAACAAUUUGGAUGUAUCCGAUUGUGCUGGCGUCUUGUUAGUUCAACUAUUCUGAAAAAAUACGGUGAUUUCAAUUCUUUCAGUGAAGAUUAUUUGAUCAUUUUUGUCAUUUGGAUGCAAACGUUUCAUUUACGCUUUAAAAGUGCGGAAUGCUGAGUUUUACCAUUUGUGCUUGUUCGUACUGAAAACCUUGAGCAGCACCCUACAGCGUCAAUAAAUCUCGUAGUCGACUUUAUUGGGGGGAACUGGCGAGGUCUUGACAAUACAUUGUCAGUCAGGGGGUUUCUUUUUGUAUAUUUCCUGAAAGGAUGCCUGAAGAAAUGGGAUCAAGCAAGCCUGGGGGUGUGAUAGCCUUUAUCUCUUCAACCUCUUCCUCAAGCCUGAAGUCCUGUAUGAGUGACAGCUCUAACAGCAGCUUCCUGUCCUCCUCUCCACCUCGCCCCUCUUUGCCCAACCGAGCGGUGGGCAUGGUGAUGGAUAUCGCCCCUACCCCAGCCAAACAAGGACACUCACGUGGUCCCGGCACUGCAAAGACUGGCCGAUCUGCAUCCUCAGCUAAAAGUGGUAUUACUAAGAUCAAUGGCAUGGUGUUGUUGUGUAAGGUUUGUGGUGACGUGGCCUCGGGGUUCCACUAUGGCGUCCACGCCUGCGAAGGCUGCAAGGGGUUCUUUAGGAGGAGCAUACAGCAGAAUAUCCAAUACAAGAAGUGUCUGAAGUUGGAAAACUGCACCAUCAUAAGGAUCAAUAGAAAUCGCUGUCAGCAGUGCAGGUUCAAGAAGUGUCUGGCUGUGGGCAUGUCUAGGGAUGCUGUCAGAUUCGGCCGCAUCCCAAAACGGGAGAAGCAGCGUAUGCUUCUGGAGAUGCAGAACGCCAUGAACAACAUGAUGAGCAACAGUGGUCAGCUCCACAGCAUGCUCAGUGGCACCCAGAGCCCAGCCCGCACCAUGGACGCCCUCCCCAAUGACUCUAGCCCCUCCUCUUCCUCCUCCUCUUCGUCCUCAUGUUCCAACCCCUCGUCACCGCAAUGUCCCAUGGUUUCUAUGGACACCAAUUCCAGCUCCGCCUCUUCAUGUUCUUCCGACAGCGGCGAAGAUGAGACUGUCUUCGCGGCAGCCAGACAGCACCAGGGUGCUUUCUCGUAUGAUGGCGGAAAGCAAAGUUCACCAAGUCAGGUCCAGGGAUCACCAUUUUUAGUUGCCAGGGAAACGCAGAGCAACAACAGCAUAGAAGAACAGCAGGGCAACUGGAAUGGCUGGAACCACAGUGUUGUUGGCGGCUACCAGCAUGGUUACCAGCACAGUCACUACAGUAGCAGCCAACCAAUCGCCAGCAUUCCAUACAGGGAAGAGAGGGUGAUUUAUGAGAAGGCUCAGCACCACCUAAACAGUGCCACCAUUGGUGGAAUAAUAGAUGACAACAACCAAAGGAAGCACAACAUUAACGAACAAACUGUUUCCAAUGGUAUCAGUGGAUCAGCGUACAAUGUGGACCAGAGGGCACAUCUGGUGUGUGCGACGAAUGACUCUCCCUACGUAGACCCCUGCAAGUCCAGCCAGGAGAUCUGGGAGGAGUUCUCCAUGAGCUUCACCCCGGCAGUGCGGGAGGUGGUGGAGUUUGCCAAGAAGAUCCCUGGCUUCCGAGACCUCUCCGAACAUGACCAAGUCAUCCUGCUCAAAGCUGGGACUUUUGAGGUGCUAAUGGUGCGUUUCGCUUCGUUGUUUGAUGUUGCGGCUCGGACCGUCACCUUUCUGAAUGGCAAGCGAUACAGCCUGGAGACCCUGCAGUCUCUGGGUGCUGGCGAGUUACUGUCUGCCAUGUGUGACUUCAGUGAGAAGCUGGCCACUAUGCAGUUGGACGCUGACGAGAUGCGCCUAUUCACUGCCGUUGUCCUUGUCUCUGCCGAUCGUUCAGGGAUCCAAGGUCUGAGCUCUGUGGAGGCCCUUCAGGACAACCUGAUUCGAGCAUUGCGGAACCUUAUCAUGAAGAACCACUCCAAUGGGGCCACUACUUUCACCAAGCUGCUGCUCAAACUGCCUGAGCUGCGCUCCCUCAACAACUUGCACUCCGAAGAACUACUGGCCUUCAAAGUGCACCCUUGAACCCUAUGGAGCAUGUGCAUUCCAGCUGUGCCCCUAUACUGCCCUUAAAACCAGGACCCCUACCAACACCACCAGGACCUGCCUAUCCCCAAUCUUUGCAUAAUUGAGUAUCACUCUCUAGAAUGUAUUGUAAAGCUCUUAUAUGUUUUGCCUGAUGUUAAAACAAGGGUCAGAGAAAAGAAUAUCGUCUUCUGUAUUCAUAAGAGGUCAUGAAAUUGAUAUCUUGAGAUGUUGCACACACACGUGUGUGAGAUGCUCGUGGUUUUGCAAAGUAAGAGGCACUUGUUUUAUUUUCAAGACAUGAGUGAGUACUACACUGAC